AUGCAUGCGGUGCUGCACGUCGACGUGGCCGGGCGCUCCCUGGCCGUGGUGGAGCGCGACGGCGCGCACGACCCGGCCACGGGGCGCGCGCUCACCGGCUCCUGGCUCUGGGACUCCGCCGUCGUCCUCGCCACCCACCUUGCCUCGGCCAGACACGGAACGAUCCACGGCGCCACCGUUCUCGAGCUCGGCGCCGGCACCGGCCUCCCGGGCAUCGCGGCCGUCGCGUGCCUCGGCGCCGCGCGCUGCGUGCUCACCGACGUGGGGCCGCUCCUGCCGGGCCUCAGGGCCAACGCCGAGGCCAACGGUCUCACGCCCGCGCAGGCCGACGUGCGGGAGCUGCGCUGGGGCGAGGACGCCGACCUGCCCGACUGCGAGCUCCUGCGCGUGGACGUGGUGCUCAUGUCCGACGUGUUCUAUGAUCCGGAGGAGAUGCCGGCGAUGGCGGCCACGUUGCGCCGGCUGUGGCGGGACGGCACGGUGGGGUGGGCGACCAGCGAGGUGCGGUGUGGCGUGCAGGAUUGCGUGGACGUGCUGCGGGAGCACGGCUUCGAUGUGGCCGAGGUCGACAGGGUCACCAGGCCGCUGCUGCGCGACCCCACACAGGCCUCCGACUUCGCCGUCUAUCGCGUCGAGCUCCGGCGGCCUCAUUAGGGUUUCAUUAGGCGUCGAUUCCUCUGUUUUCUUAUG